AUGUUAAAUAGUUAUCCACUAUAUCAUUCUCAUCAUAAUUCAACAACAAAUAAUCUACGUCGUAAUAGUCUUAAUUCUACAAUCUCAUUAACUAAAUCUCGUCGAAAUUCAUUUUCACCUUCAACACCAUUAAUUCUAUCUCAACCAACAUUUGAAGAUUUUAAUGAUGAAUAUUUUUCAUUACCAUCAUCAACAACAACGACAACAACAACAAUAAAUAAUAAUAAUAAUAAUAAUAAUAUUCCACCAAAAAUAAUCGAAUCUAAUACAAAUUUUUUUUCUGAAUCUAAAGAUGAUACGAAUCUUUCAUUUCUUGAUGGUCUUGAUCUUGCUAAUAAUAUAAUAUCAUCAACACAUGAUGAUCACAUAUUUAAUGAAAAAAAUCUACCAGAUUUAUCAACAUCAUCACCUAUUAUUUCAUCAUCAUCAUCAUCUCAAUCAAAUAUUCAAUGUGUACGUAUUAUACGUCGAAAUGAUACAGCACCUAUUCAAACAAAUACAAAUACAAAUCAACGUCGUGUUGUACGUGUUAUUCGAUUAAGUAAUGCAACACGUCCUACGGAACAAACAUCAUCAUCAUCAUCAAAUGUGUAUAUUGUUCGAAAAACAGAUAUAACACCAACUGUUCAUAUAAAUCCGGCAGUAAAACAUGUUAUUGCACAAGCAUCAAUAACUAAUAAUAAUAAUAAUGCAGAUGAAAAUAAUCAAUUAAAUAAAUUUUAUGGUUCAAAUAUAUCAAUAUUUGGUAUUGAAUUUACUGUUGUAUCAAAUGAAAAUAAUACAGCAGAUAAAUGUGCAUCACUUGUACAAAAUAUGAAUGAUACAACAAUAAAAACAAAUGUACAAACGAUGAAUAAAAUCAAUGAUAUUCAUAAAUUAUUUUCUCGAAUAUAUCGUUGUGUACUAUGUUCAGCUGAAUUUGAUGCUUAUGAAGAUUUUGUUUCACAUGGUAGUGGACAUUUACAAGAUUUAACAUUGAAACCACUUGAAACAGCAUCUGUUUUUCGUCGACGAUCAUAUCGAUGUCUUUUACCACAUUGUAAUGCAAGAAUUGAAAGUGAAACGGAAAGUCCUCGAAUACUUGAUCAAUUAUUUCGUCGACAUCUACUUAGUCAUGUUGGCACACAUCCAUUUAAAUGUCAUAUAUGUAAAAGUAAAUUUCAACGAAUACAAAAUUAUCGUGUACACUUAGCAUAUCAUGAAGAAAUGAACAGUCCUUCAUUACAGUGUAAAAAAUGUUUAAAAAAAUUUACGGCUGAUAAACAAUAUAAUUUUCAUAUUCGUAAAUGUUUUGUUGUACCACCAUCUUUACCAACUACAACAGCCUUAUUUCGUUGUCAUAUAUGUGGUGAAAAUUUUGAAAAAGAUCAAAGUUUAAAAUUACAUAUGCAACAUGUACAUUCAUCUCGUCCAUCGACUCCAAGUAUAACUACUAUUCGAAAUGAUAAUGAGUAA